GACGACGCCACUGACACAUCACGCUCUCUCGGGGUAUGAGGGAUACGGCGCUUCGCUGCUUCAAACGCCUGGACGACUGCGUCACCCUAAAGUCCCGGUGUCUGCGCAAGGUGGUCCUGCUCAUCAUGACGGCACGGAAGCCACCGGACGACCGCGCGCGCCCGCUGGAGGUGAAUCCCUUUCGCAUCUUUCCUAGCGACCUGGUUGAGGACCUCAUCGAGACGGUCAUCCAGAUGUCACCGAGGGCUCGAGACAAGAUGACACCUGACGUGCGCGCAGACGACCUCAGCCUGCUCGUUCGGAGCGGCCGGCUGCGCUGCUUCUCGCUGUGGGACGUGGAGAUACACAGCCGCGACUUCUCGACGGCGCUCCGGCAGCUGAGCGACCCGGGUGCGGCGGCGCUGCUGCAGGAGGUGGAGAUCGACGGAGUGUACGUGCGGGGCCGCCGACCGGAGUCCAUCCUGCGCAGUCUCGAGAACGUCGGCCGGCUUCUGCGCUCGGCCCCCAAGCUGCGGGCGCUCAGGUUGGGCCUUAGCGGCCGUUCCCUCCUGGACUUGUCAGCGCUUGAGAAUCUGGAAGAGCUGAGCCUCACGUAUGACUGUCACCGUGAAUUGGACGAGAUCAUCGCCCAGGCUGAAAAAACCGGCGACCCCCUCUGGCCUCGGCUCAGGUGUUUUUCGUACGGCGACUACUUCUCGAGUGCAUCACGGCGCACCGUGUCGUACCUCCUGUGCCACUGCACGCAACUCGUCGAGCUCCGGGCAGACGUGUCGGGAGCCCUGUUGGACCUGCACGAGCAACCGUUCCUCCAAGAAGGGGGCCUCACCUGCAGGUAUCGCCUGCAGAAGACCGCGCUCGGAUCCUUCGUGUACGGCUCGGACCAGCCGAAGCGUCCGCCGCCACAGAGGGACUUCGACAUAAGCGGCCCGUCUGCGCUUUGCGUGCAGAUUACCACAGUCGCGUGCCCGAAUCUCGUCGACUUGGACAUGUACGUAGACUGCCACGAAUCCGUGCUGGCGCUGGGGGAGUUUUCCCACCUGCGCUACCUGAAGCUGAUGUGGGUGAGCGCUAAGCUCGCCGGAUGCUUCGAGACCAGUACAUUGAGUCUCCUGCACGAGGUUGGCUGCCAGCUCGUGGAACUGUGCCUGCACUCUUUCGUCAAGGUGGACCUAAAUGCCGUGGCCUUCCUAUGCCCGUCGCUGGAGGCGUUCGGCCUCAUCCAGUGCCGAACCGUGGCUAACCACGUUCCUGUCUCCCAGCCUUUCGCAGGUUUGGCAAAGGUUAGGGUCAUCCCGCCGCCGGACUAUCCAUCUAUACAAGCGGAGGACGACCUCUGCUGUGUGCUAGGUUCUUGCUCGGCUCUCAAGUCCUUCGUCGUAGACCUCGUGGCCGAAGACUUCGAGCUCCUAGUCGACCGGCUGUUGCAGGCGACCAACAGCGGCUUUCGCUCCGUCGAGCUGGCAGGCCUUUACUUCCAGCAGCCCACUACGACGCCAGCUGUGCGGGACGGUGUGCUCAGGCUCCUCCUUGCCUGUGAAGCGCUCAGGUAUCUCGUGGUUGCGGACACUGACCUGGGCGACCUCGCCAAGCGGGUCAACCCACGGCUGAAAAUUCGUUUCGAGUACCUUUACGUCGGCCUCUGAAGAAGCAG